AUGAUUGGAGGUUUUAAUUCGGAUAUGAAGGAACACAUUCGGCGGGCUAAUAAAGGUGAAAUUCAUUGCCAUUUUCCCAGUCAUAAGAGUCAGAAUGAAUUGACAGAAUUACUUGCUAAUGAUACCAAGAUGAUGAUCUUAAAGAAGAUUAAAGAUGCGAAGUAUUUUUCAGUCAUUCUUGAUUCCAUUCCGGAUGUUAGUCGUAAAGAACAAAUGACCUUCUUAAUUCGAUGUGUGGAUGUUUCAACGUGUUCACCUAAGAUUGAGGAGUUCUUCUUGACGUUUCUACACAUCAAAGAUAAGAGGGAAUACACUGAUAAUCCAGGACACCGGAGUGAUGUUGAGUCUCUUACAGAGAGUGAAACACAUGGAAUUGGAGGGUUUGAAUUUUUAUUUGGAAUGAUAAUUUGGUACGAUUUGCUAGCUGCUGUGAAUAUAGUAAGCAAAUCCUUACAGUUUGAGGAUAUGGAUCUUGAGGUUGCUAUUUCUCAGUUAGGAGGGCUUGUUACUUAUUUGAAAAACUACAAAGAAACAGGUUUCGAGAAAGCCAAAGUUGAAUCUACACAAAUUGCCAUUGAGAUGAAGAUUGCGCCGGUAUUUCCAAAAAAGUCGGUGAAAAAAAAAAAGCAAUUUGUUGAGGAUGUUGAGAAGAUUGAUGAAAGUAAGAUUGCAGAGGAGAGUUUUAGAAUUGAUUACUUCAUCAAUAUAAUGGAUCAAGCUAUAAUGUGUAUUGAGAUAAGAUUCGAGCAAUUCCAAGUAUAUGAACAAAUAUUUGGAUUUUUGUUUGGUGUAAAGAGAUUGAAGGUAGCAGAAGAUGAUGAGUUAAGGACAUCGUGUAUGAAGCUUGAAGCUUCUUUGAAGCAUGAUGUGCAUUCAGAUGUUGAUGGAGAAGAUCUGUUUAUGGAGCUGAAACUUUUAAAAGAUGUGUUGCCAAAAGAGAUUACAAAGCCGGUCGAAGUGUUGAAAUUUUUGAAAAUAAUGGAUAGCUGUUAUCCAAACACAUGGAUCGCUUAUCGUAUACUACUCACCAUUCCGGUUUCAGUUGCUUUGGCGGAGAGAACUUUUUCAAAAUUAAAGCUCAUAAAAAAAUAUCUACGUUCGACUAUGUCUCAAGAGCGAUUGAAUGGUUUGGCGCUGAUAUCUGUAUAACAAGAACUGGUUGAGAAGCUCGAUUACCAAAAAUUGAUGAAUGAAUUUGCAGGAGCGAAAGCUAGGAGGAUUAUGUUUCGCCAGGAAGA